AAUUUUCACAUUUUCUUUUCUAGGGGAAAAUUAUACGAUCGCCACUCUUCAGUGACGACGUGACUUCAUACUCCAUGUUCUGUCUAUCCGACUCUAGCCAUAUUAUGUUUAUGGCGUGAUAAGAGACAGGCGCUAAUUUGGCUUUGAUCAUUUUGUCUUAACAUUCAUUUGCUGUUGGUAAGCAGUUGGUAAGCUGUAUCUUUCGGACUGCGUUUUUCAAGAGAAUCUCGAGCGAGAAAGCGUUGGAAAUUCGUUACAAUGUCGAUCACUGCCAAACGAGAGGAAUUUCGCAAGUAUCUGGAAAGAGCUGGUGUCAUGGAUGCCCUCACAAAAAUAUUUGUCUCACUCUAUGAAGAUACUGAAAGGCCAACUGAUGCCUUAGAGUAUAUACGAAAAAAUCUUGGCGGUAUCGUCAACAAUACUUCGGAAAUUGAUAUCUUGAAGAAAGAAUUAGAGGAAUCUAAAGCUAAAAUUGUCGAACUGCAAUCAAAAUUAGCAAAGUAUGAACAAAAGGAUGAAGUUCAAGCCGAGUAACUAUUAUGGAUAACAUAUCUUCGACCAGAGUUCGUGCUAGUCUUUUUUUUUUUUGGACAAUGACUUUUCUGAAGUCAGUCUAUGUGCCUUAUAUUUACUAUAAUAAAUAUGACGUUA